AUGUUCGGCACCCCAAAAAGAGCAUAUGCUGUUACUUCGAGCAUUGUUCUGUUCAACAUGUUCACGAGGCCGACGAUGGGGGAGGAGAUUUUCUGCUUGGAAACCUUCACACACAGCUUCGGUAGUGAUCACGGGCUCAGUGGUCAUCAUCGGCUCACUGGUGAUCAUGGAUUCAGUGGUAAUCGCGAGCUCGGUGGUGGUCACUGA